AUCGUCUUAACUCAAAUCUAUGGUUUGAGAAACUUUAACCGAAUGGACGAUCUCCAACCGGAAGAAACACUAGCGAUUCACAACCAGAUUCGAGCCGCGGUCGGGGUUGCUCCAUUGGUGUGGGACGAAAAACUUGCUGCCCAUGCACAGAGGUACGCUAACGUACGAUCCCAAGACUGUGCCAUGAAACAUUCCACUGACGGAAUGUACGGCGAGAAUAUAGCCGCUGGGUGGGUCCAACCUAUGGACACCAUGAGCGGUCCGAUCGCGACAAAGUUUUGGUUGACGGAAAAGCCGUAUUACAUUAUGCCACCAACAGAUGUAGUGAACCGUGUGGACAUACACUCAGAUUGUGGCUAAUCAAUCGACACACCUUGGUUGUGGUACGGUUAGGUGUUUUAAGAAUGAGUAUGUUUGGGUUGUAUGUAACUAUGCUCCUAGGCCGAUGGGUGAUGCCAAUACUCGUCCGUACUGAUCAAUACCGUAUAAUGUGACUAUUAUAGAAAAAUUAAGAUAAUGCGUUAUUAUAGGCACGAUUAUAUGCGACAUGGUUUGCAGUUAGUAGUUUGUAUUAGUAUGUUGAUGUCUCACUAUCUAGAUUCAAGUAUAAAUAAAUGCGUGUUUUGAGU